UAUUGCCCGCGUUAUCGUAAUAGUGAAAGUGUUUUCAAGAAAGUUAUAAAAGACGGUUAGAGUGAACGCCGCGCGUUUUGUUUAACUAACCAUCGAAGGUAAACAUGAAGUGCGAUAAAUAAUCCCGACGUCCUUACAGUUCCUUUAAAACCCCACUAAAGCAUUAAAGCUCUCGCAUCACUAUGUUGUUCUUGUGUCUGACCGUUUUGGUCAUUUUGUGGGCCAUUGCGCGCCUGACUUUGGGGAUUACGCGGAGCCCCACAUGUCUCGUGGGCAAAACGGCCCUAGUGACGGGGGCAAACUCCGGUUUGGGCUACCAGACUGUGCUCAAUUUGGCCUCAAGGGGGUGCACUGUGAUAAUGGCCGAUGUGGCCGACAUGGAAGAGUCCAAAAAACAAAUCAUCAAAGCCACAAACAACCCCAACAUUAUUACGAAAAAAAUCGACCUGACUUCGUUUAAAUCGGUGCGGAAUUUCGCCACCGAAAUUUUGAAUUCGGUCGAUAAGUUAGAUAUUUUGUUCAAUAAUGCGGGGAUCGGGGUCUCUCCCAGUGAUAAGACCGGGGAUGGAUACAACCCGGUGAUGCAAAUCAAUUAUUUUGGACAUUUUUUGCUAACACAUUUAUUAAUUGACUUGUUGAAACGCUCUGCCCCGAGCAGAAUCGUCUCGACCUCCUCUCUCCUCGCUUACACUAACAAUUUAUCAGUAAAAAAACUCUACGAAACGAAAAGUCCCGACAGCACAGUACCCCGAACGUGCCUUUACGGCAACUCUAAACUCUGCCUCAUCAUAAUGACCGAUAUUUUGGCCGAAAAAUUGAAAAACACCGGAGUUACAGCGAAUUCGGUUCAUCCAGGUCUAGUCACGACUCCAAUUUUCACAAACACUUACACAGUGAUUAAAAACAAUUUUCUGUCAUUUUUAUCACAAACUAUCCACGCAUUCUUUGCAAAGGACCCUUGGGAGGGCUCCCAGACUAUGAUCCAUGUGGGCGUUGAUAAAAAUUUGGAAAAUGUUACUGGGAAAUUUUUCUCCGAUUGCAAGCCCUUUGUGAAGCCUCGCUGUGCGUACGAUAAGGAGUGGUGUCGGAAAAUUUGGGAGGAGACGGAGAAAAUCGUCGAUUUGGCGCCCAGUGAAAAAAUUUAACACCGAUAAAAUACAUUCCUUGCAAUGUGUUUAUGUAAAUUGCGUCAACGAUCGUUACAUGUGUUUUACAUUAAGAAUGGAUAAAUCGAUUUAUUGUUAUAACUUUCAUAAUUGAAUUGUAAGUACUGUAAUAAAAAUAAUGAAUUCAA